CUUGGGUUUUCUUCUCUGUUUCCAAAUUGAUUCUCAACAGGAGUGAUUUUGGGCACAAUGCGUAAGAACAAGCAAAAUGAAGGAGAGAUGAAGAGCGACAAGCAGCAGAAGAAGGAAGGAGAAAAGAAUGAAGGAAAGAUGAAGAGCCAAGAGCAGCAGAAGAAGGAAGGAGGCAACUUGACCGUGGUUUUGAAAGUUGAUUUUCACUGCGAUGGUUGCACCCUUAAGAUUAUCAAAGCCGUUCGAAGUUUUGAAGGUGUGGAGAAGGUGACUUGUGACGGCGAAGCCAACAAGGUGACGGUAAUCGGGAAAGUGGAUCCACUGAAGCUAAAGGAGAAGGUUGAGCGGAAGACGAACAAGGCAGUUCAGCUUGUCUCUCCGUUGCCUAAGGACUGCAAGAAAGAGAAAGUCCCUGGAAAAAAUGGUGAAGAUAAGAAGCAGAAACCCAAAGAGAAAGAGCCUCCAGUUACCACUGCGGUACUGAAGAUACACCUACACUGUGAAGGAUGUAUCCAAAAGAUACAGAAAGUUAUCACUAAAAACAAAGGUUACAAGGAGAUGAAAAUGGACAUGGAAAAGGACUUGGUGACAGUGACAGGUUCAAUGGAUAUGAAGGAAUUGGUGGAGGAAUUAAAGAGGCAGCUAAAAAAAGAUGUUGUAAUUGUGCCGCCGAAGAAGGAAGGGGGAGAGAAGAAAGACGGCAGCAGCGGCGGGAAUGGAAAAGGGAAGGAUGGGCAAGGCGGCGACAACAACAAGGGGGGGCAGAUGGAUAAUAAUGGAAUGCAGGUUCACUAUGGGUAUCCGUACAUGGACAUGUACUCUGCAAUUCAGGCUUCUGAGAUUUUCAGUGAUGAAAAUGCUAAUGCUUGCAGUAUUAUGUGAUUGCUAGUGUCUCUUUGGUUGAAAAGGAAUAGGACUGUAAAUAAACAAUAGUGGGGCUGGAGAUAGUUAUCCAAUUUUAUACUAUAUGUC